AUGCAUUCUUAUACUAUUAUUACCACCCUUACGCUGAGUACAGCAGCUUCUGCUUACCAGCUCCCCCAAAACCUGAAGUCCAUUUACGAUAACCAUAAGGCUGGCUCGUGUUCCAACCGCCUUUCUGACAGGUUUCCCGAGGGCGCCAGAUACUGUGGUGAUAUCGCAGGAGCUGUCUUUCUUAAAGGGUCAGACGGAAACUACGACAAUAUGGAUAUUGACUGCGAUGGCGCCAACAACCAUGCAGGUGCUUGCUCGAACGACCCGACCGGACAGGGCGAGACUGCAUUCAAGGAUACUGUCAACCAAUACGGCAUCUCUGACUUGGAUGCAAAUGUUCAUCCCUACGUGGUUUUCGGCAACGAAGGAGCCUCUCCAUCUUUCGAUCCUCAGCAGCAUGGUAUUAAGCCACUGAGUAUCAUGGCCGUGCACUACGGCAUCUGGGGAGAUACCAAUGGAGGUACUUCCACCGGCGAGGCUUCGAUUUCUCUUGCGGAGCUUUGCUUCCCGAACCAGGGCCUGAAUGGAGACAUGGGACAUGGUGAGAAGGAUGUUCUAUAUCUUGCCUUUAAGGGUGACGAGGCUGUUCCUGGAAAGAAUGGUGCUGAUUGGAAGACUACGAGCCGUGCCAAUUUCUCCAAGAGCAUAAGGGCUUUGGGAGACAAGCUGGUCGCUAAGCUGUAA